AAAAAAUAUCCUUUGGCUGAAUUUGGACAAGACUCAACCUACAUUUCUGUCAAGAGGUUUUGACUUCUGUACUUGUUCAAUUAUAUUAUCUAAAUUUGGCCAAAAAGAUAAUCUAAACCAACCAACCCCCCACUCCUCUUUCUCCUCUCUCAAAAAGUCAAAAAAAAAGAAUGUUGCGCGUCAUCAACGGAACUGGCAUUGCGCGCAGGGCACCGGCUCUUGUCAAUGCUGGAGUACGUUCAUUCAGUGCCACUUCCAGCAAAAAGGAAGAGGUGGAAGUCUUUGUCGAUGGAAAAUCCGUCAUGAUCGAACAAGGUUCAGCUUUGAUUCAAGCUUGCGAAAAGGCCGGCGUGGAUAUUCCACGAUUCUGUUAUCACGAACGCCUUUCGGUGGCUGGUAACUGCCGUAUGUGUCUUGUGGAAGUCGAACGUUCGCCCAAGCCGGUGGCUUCGUGUGCUUACCCUGUGAUGCCGGGUAUGAAGGUCAAGACCAACAGUCCGGUGGUACACAAGGCCCGUGAAGGCGUCAUGGAAUUUUUGCUUUACAACCAUCCUUUGGAUUGUCCCAUUUGCGAUCAGGGUGGUGAGUGCGAUCUUCAGGAUCAGAGCAUGCGUUACGGUAGCGAUCGUGGUCGCUUCUUUGAACCUCGUGGCAAGCGUGCCGUGGAAGAUAAAAACUUUGGUCCUUUGAUCAAGACGGAAAUGACCCGAUGUAUUCAGUGCACUCGUUGUGUCCGUUUCGCCAAUGAAGUGGCGGGCGCCCCCGAAUUAGGUACCAGUGGUCGAGGCAACGAUAUGCAGAUCAGCACGUACAUUGAAAAGACGAUCGAAAGUGAAAUGUCCGGCAACGUCAUUGAUCUGUGCCCCGUGGGUGCAUUGACAUCCAAACCUUAUCAAAUGACAUCGCGUCCUUGGGAAUUGAAAAAGUACGAAACCAUUGACGUUUCCGAUGCCGUCGGUAGCAACAUUCGUUUGGAUACACGCGGUGUGGAAGUGAUGCGUAUCCUUCCUCGAGUCAACGAUGAAAUCAACGAAGAAUGGAUUUCCGACAAGACGCGUUUCUUCUACGAUGGUUUGAAGGUGCAACGUUUGACCACGCCUUUGGCUCGUCAAGGCGAUCGAUUCGUUCCCAUCACUUGGGAAGCCGCGAUUGAACGUGUAGCUUCCGAACUCGGCAAGGUACAAGGCAACCAAGCCAAGGCCAUCGCUGGUCAUUUGGCCGAUGCCGAAUCGAUGGUCGCUUUGAAGGAUCUUUUCAACCGUAUUGGAUCGGAGAACUUGACGAUUGACGCUCCCAACGGUGAUCGACCUUUGGCUUUGAAUGCCGAUUUCCGAUCCAACUACACGCUCAACUCGACGCUGGCGGGUGCGGAAGAAGCCGACGUCGUGUUGCUGAUCGGUUCCAACCCCCGUCACGAAGCACCGAUCCUGAAUACGCGUUUCCGCAAAUCGUACCUCCACAAGGGUCAAGACUUUGGUGUCAUUGGUGAACCUGUUGAUCUUACUUACGAUUACGCUCACAUUGGUCAAGAGUCCAAGGCGAUUGAAUCGCUCUUGGAUGGCUCGCAUCCCUUCGCCAAGCGAUUGGCCGAAGCCAAGAAGCCAUUGAUCCUGGUGGGUUCUGGUGUCGUGGAAAAUGCCAAGGACAGCGAAUACCUUCUUUCCAAGGUAGCCGAAUUGGCCGAUAAGCACAAGUCCACCGUCUUCCAGGACGGCUGGAACGGUUUCAACGUUUUGCAGCGUGCUGCGAGUCGAACGGCCGCUUAUGAAGUGGGCUUUGUUCCUACAUCAAAGGAAGCCAGCAGCACUCCUGCGCAAUUCUUAUAUCUGUUGAAUGCGGAUGAGAUCACGGCAGAUUCUGUUCCCAAGGAUGCAUUCGUGGUAUACCAAGGACAUCAUGGUGACGUUGGUGCUCAAUAUGCCGAUGUCAUUCUUCCCGGUUCGGCUUUCACCGAAAAGAACGCAACAUACAUGAAUACCGAAGGUCGUGCUCAAAUUACACGGGCUGGUGUGAACCCUCCUGCUGCAUCCCGCGAAGACUGGAAGAUUAUUCGUGCGUUAUCGGAAGUGGCUGGCCACACGCUUCCUUACGAUGAUUUACCUGCCAUGCGUGCUCGUUUGGCCGAAGUUAGUCCUGCAUUGACCCGAUACGACGUGAUUGAAACGCCUUCGUCGGCUCAGUUGGGUCUAUCGACUUUGCGAAAAUCCAAUGUUCGCAGCACAGGCGAAGUGCUCCAAUCGGUCAUUCACAACUUUUACCAAACCGAUGUCAUCUCUCGUGCCUCCAGCACCAUGGCCAAGUGCACCAAAGUCUGGAUCCAAGGCAAAGAUGUGAACGAUGAAUUAGAAAAGGCCGCUGCCUAAACCCAAUGAGUGAAUGAUUGUAAAAUGUUUUAAAUUGAUAGAGAAAAGAAAAAAAAAACUUGAUUUUCCCAAAUGCCUUGGUUUUCUUUAAUAGUAUUUAUCUUGUAUCUUCUUUGAUGGUUAUAUACGAUCUGUUUAACUAGAUUGAACAAAAGAUAUGUAGAACUUGGCUAACAAUACGUGUUGAGACUGAAGAAGGAUAAUAAGCUUUCCAUCAAAGAUCUAAUUAAUCGGGCAUAUUUUUUUUCAGUGGAUAAAUGUCCUCAGG